AUGUUCCGAUCAACUGCUCUCAAAUCUCUCCGAGCUCCUCUCCAAGCUCAGACCCAAAGCAGAUCAUUCGUAUCCAAAGCUCAACUUGUGGGUCGACUUGGUGCUGCCCCUGAGAAGGGAACUACCAGCGGUGGUCAAGAUUACUACAGAUACUCCCUUGCUGUUACCAAGCCCGGUAAGAGAGAUGCUGAAGGAAAACCCGUUCUUGAUGAGCAAGGUUACCCCGUCCGAGAAUCAUCCUGGUUCACCGUAUUCAACUUCAAAGAAAGGGCUGCCGAGGCUCUCGAGAAAUUACAACCUGGUUCAUUACUCUACGUUGAGGCCCAAAUCGACACCAUCACCACUCCCCCACCCGCCGAUGGUCAACCAGGCUCAAAACAAUAUGUCUUCCGAGAAUCCUCUCACAGAGUUCUCAGUAAACCUAAAUCGGAUUAA